AUGGAAAAUAAUGCAAUGUUGUUAGCUUUAAAAACUGUAUCAUUAAUUGUUGAUGUUAUAACAUAUCCAGUAUAUUUAGUCUUUGAAAGGCCAUGGAACAGAAUUAUUAAAUCUGAUGCAAUAAAAUCAAAAGUUACACAAAUAGAAGAAAGUUCAAUUCUUAUUCAAACCGUUAGUGAUCCUUCAGCUGGCCACCUUUUAAUUGUUAGGGAAAAAAUAGACACACUAUAUAAAGUAUUUCAUUAUGCGGUUGCUCAUUAUACGGAUUUCAGUUGCUUAGGAACUAGGGAAAUUUUAGCCGAAGAAGACGAAGUUCAAACAAAUGGAAGAACAUUUAAAAAAUAUAUCAUGGGAGAUUAUAAAUGGAUGACAUUUAAAGAAUUAGACAUAGCAUCAGAUCAUUUUGGAAAUGCUUUGAUAUCACUUGGACAACAACAUAAAUCCAAUAUAGCAAUAUUUGCUGAAACGCGGGCAGAAUGGAUGAUAGCUGUUCAAGGAUGUUUUAAACAAAAUUUUACUGUUGUAACGUUGUAUGCAACCCUUGGUAUUGACGCUAUUAGUCAUGGUAUAAAUGAAACUGAAACCACUGUUGUAGUUACGUCACAUAAUUUAUUACCGAAAUUCAGGCAAAUAUUGCAGCUUACUCCUCAAGUAAAAACUUUAAUUUACAUGGAAGAUCAAUUAUAUGCAACUUCUACAAGUGGCUAUAAUGAUUCCGUCGAAAUCAUUUCAUUUAGUUCUUUAUUACAAAGAGGAGCUGAAUUCACAUUCGAUGAAAAUCAUUUACCCGCACCAAGUGAUAUUGCAAUAAUAAUGUACACAAGUGGAUCAACAGGGGUCCCAAAGGGUGUCAACCUUUCUCAUAGAAAUCUCAUUGCUACACUUAAAGUAUUCAAAGAUUGUACGAGCAUUAGUUAUGAAAAUGAUAUUUUCAUGGGCUUUUUGCCACUUGCACAUGUUUUCGAAUUACUCGCAGAACUAUCGUCAUUAUUUUGUGGUGUUCGAAUCGGUUACUCAAGCCCUCUUACAAUAAUUGAUAGCUCUAGCAAAAUAAAACGUGGCACAAAAGGUGAUGCUUGCAUACUGAAACCCACAAUUAUGACAGCUGUUCCCCUUAUUUUAGACCGUAUUUACAAAGGCAUAAACGAAAAAAUAUCUGGAGGCUCGACAUUCCAAAAAACUGUUUUCAAAUUUGCUUUCGAUUAUAAGAGGAAAUGGAUGAGACGAGGUUUUAAAACUCCGUUAAUGGACAAAUUAGUAUUUGAAAAAACCAGUGCUUUAAUGGGUGGUCGCUUACAAUCUAUUAUAUGCGGUGGGGCUCCUCUUACACCUGAAACCCAUACUUUAAUCAAAGUAUGCCUAUGUGAAAUCGUUCAACAGGGUUAUGGACUAACAGAAACCAGCUCGUGUGGAUGUGCAAUGUCACGAGACGAUAUGUCUACGGGUCGUGCAGGUUCCCCACAAACAGUUAAUGAUUUUAUUUUAACCAAUUGGGACGAAGGUGGUUACAGAGUCACUGAUAAACCUUACCCAAGAGGCGAAAUUAUUAUUGGCGGGGAAAAUGUAUCACCAGGGUAUUACAAAAAUCCUCAAAAAACUACAGAAGAGUUUUUUGAAAAAGACGGUAAGUGGUGGUUCAAGACCGGCGAUAUUGCACAACUAGAAUUUGAUGGCGCCAUAAAAAUUAUAGAUCGUAAAAAAGAUUUAGUCAAACUCCAAGGUGGUGAAUACGUGUCGUUGGGUAAAGUUGAAUCUCAGCUUAAAACUUGCCCAAUUGUCGAUAAUAUAUGCGUUUAUGGAAAUCAUUUUAAGACUUACACAAUCGCGUUGGUUGUGCCUAAUCGGCCAUAUUUAUUAGACAAAGCUACAAAAUUGGGUAUCGAAGAUCCCGAAAAUAUCGAUCCCGAAGAACUAUAUGUAAACCCAAGACUAGUGAGAGCAGUAUUAGACGAAUUGACAGCUCACGGAGAAAAAAGUAAACUAGAAAGAUUUGAAAUACCUAUAGCUAUAAAAAUAUGCACUGAAAUAUGGACGCCAGAUAAUGAUCUGGUGACGGCAGCUUUUAAACUAAAACGAAGGGAGAUUUAUGCUAUGUACCAAGCUGACAUUAAUAAUUUAUGCCAAUAUUAA